AUGCUUCAAGACGGAGGCGGCGUCAUCCGCAUCUCCCACAACACGGAGGAGGACUCAACCGUCACCAUCCACCUCGACCUCACCAAGUUCGUCUCGCACGGUAAACCCGCUGCGGGCCGCUACCUCUUGCACCUGCAUAUCUGGCGCUGCGCUCCAAAUUUCUCAGCUCGCAAGGACUUAUACGAGCCUCUUUGUGCCGUCGAGGAUAAUGAUUAGAUUUGAGCUUGCGUAGUCAGCGGCAAGAAUCAAUGACAUGUCAAACAGAGAGAAAUAUCAAAGAAGAA